GGCGGGGGUGCCCCCGGGACCGACGUCGGGGGCUGAGGGGCGGCGGUUGUACCCCUCGGAGGGUUGUUUUAUCCCCGGGACCAGCCUGGGGUUUCGGGGGGCCGAGCCCCCGGUGCCGGCGGACGCGGUGCUGCGCUGGCUGCGGGCGGAGGGCGCGGACCCCGCGGCCCCGGCCCAGGAGCUGCUGGGCUUGGCCUGGCGGCUGCUCCGGAGAGCGGAGACACGGCUGGGAGAGCUGGAACGGCGGCGGGAGCAGGACAUGAGAGACGUGGAAAGCUACGUGGGCCACGUGCGUGCCCUGACGGAGGAGCGGGAUGCCAUCGCCUCGGAGCACGAGAGGGAGAACGAACAGCUCAGGUUGGAGCUGGCACGGCUGCAGCUGCUCCAGGAAGCCCAGCUGAAGGAGGUGGAGGAGCUGCUGCAGCAGGAAGGGCUGUCCCAGAUCGCUCACAGCGCUGCCAGCGAACAGGUGGCCUAUUUGCUGGUGGAGAGGACAGCACUGCUGGGGAAACUGGGACUGCUCCACAGCACCACAGAGGGCAUCCAGUUCUGCAGGAAAGAGUUGGAGAGGGAACCUGCAGGAGCUGUGGGAUAUCUGGAUGAUGUUCCCCAGAGGCUGAUGGGGGCCCAGGAAGAGCUCCAGGGGAUGACAGAGGAGUUGGAUGCAGCGAGCAAGGAGCAGAGAGCAGCAGGCAGGACUGAGCUCCAGGAGGCCAUGGAGCACAACAGCCGGCUGGACAAGGAGAUCCUGGCACUGCGGGCGCGGGUCCAGACGCUGGACCUGGAGAGGAAAGCAUUCCUGGAGCUGGUGGAGCAGCUCAAGGAGGAGAUCUGUGAAUACCAGAGGAGUGAGAGGCCGGGGCAGUCCCUGCCCGAGGAGCCCGGAGCAGCCUCCCUGCAGGGCACUCGGGAUGAAGGGAGGGCUGAAGAUGAGCAUGGGGCAGGAAGAGCCUGGUCCUCCUUGGAUCAGGAGGAUAGAGACCAGGGGGGUGAAACUCUCCAUAAAAGGUGCCGGGAGGCAAUGGAAAACAUGGAGGGCAGGAAUUCCCAGCUCCUGCACAAGCUGCAGAAACUGGAGCAGGAACGUGAGGAUUUGGUGGAGCGCAAUGAGGAGCUGGAAUCAAUCCUGGGAGAGACUCAGAUCCAGACCAAGCAGGAGAAGGAGCAGUUUGAGAGCGAGGUGGAGGGACUGCAGCAGAAGAUCACCAGUUUAGAAACAGAGUUGCUUGAGGUGCAGAAGAACAGAAGUGAGAUGGACAGGAAGGAGCAGGAGGCGUCUGGAGCGCAGGAGAUGCAGGAGAUGUUGGAAAGCUGUCAGGAAACCAUAGACAAGUUGGGAAAUCAUCUGGGAGAGCAGAGGGAGAGGAGGAGGCAACUUAUAUCUGAGCUUGAGCUGCUGAGAGAGGAUCUGAAGGCUGAGAAGGGGGUCCUGGGCAGCCAGGGGUUUCCUGACUCCCAGUUGGAGCUUCCAAGCCACAGUAACACCUCCCCUGGUCUCCAGAGGACAUCAGCCAGCAGGGAUCUCAUGGAUGUGUCCCAUGAGAAGCACAAGGACAGUGCUUUGUUAGACCCAGAGGCCUCUGAAAUCCUACAAGAUGAACAGAGUCACAGAGAGGAGCAGACACAGGAAGAUCCCCAUGGAGAUGCAAAGACCUAUGAGGAACAGAUGGCUAAAGUUGUGUUUUUGGAAGAACAGAUCAAAAGCCUGAGGGAGGAACAAGAGCUGCUCUGCUCUGAAUUACUAGAGAGCAACAAGAAGAAGGAAGAGCUGGAAAAGCAGCUCAAAGAGAGCAAUGAAGAGAAAAGGAUGUUGCUGGAAGAGAUUUCCCAGCUCAAGCACAACAUCCGGAGCGCCCGGGAACAGGGAGACGCCGGAGAGACCUGGAGGAUGAGCCCAGGCUUGGAGCAAAGGGAGAGCAGGUUCCUGCCAUGGCAGAGCUCAGCAGGCAGUUUAGAUGGGAGCCUUAAACAGGGUCUGUGUGAGGAGAGGUUCCAGCAGCAGGAGGAGAAGCUGCAGCAGCUGCGCCAGGACCUGCGGCGGGUGCAGAACUUGUGCAGCUCGGCCGAGAGGGAGCUGAGGUACGAGAGGGAGAAGAACGCAGAGCUCCAGAAACAGAACCUGCUGCUCCAGCAGGAGUGCACCAAGGUCAAAGCUGAGCUGAAACAGGCCCGGGCCAAACUCUCAGACUCCACAGAAACCUGCUCAUCCCUGUCAGCACAGUGGGAGAGGAGCCAGCAGAAGGUCAGGGAGCUGGAGCAGAAGCUCUCCAAGUGCUCCCAGGCUGACAAGCUCCACAGCAGCCUGAGGGACAGGCUGGCCCAGGAAAAAUCCAGGGCAGGAGAAGCCCAGAAAAAGAUUUCCAAGCUCCAGCAGAAGCUGAAGGAUUCCCACCACCAGCUCCUGCUGGCAGAGGCCCGUGUGUCUGACAAGAAGCUGCUGGAGGAGGAGCUGAAGGAGGCCCGGGAGAACGAAGCUCGAGUGCAGCGGGAGCUCCACGAGGGGCAGCUGAAGAGGAAGCUCCUGGAGCAGCAGGUGGAGGAGCUGAGGCAGCAGCUCCGGCAUUCCCGGGAGACGGAGGCGUCGCUGGCCAAGAUGCACGUGGAGCUGCAGGCCAAGACUCUGCAUGCCCUGGAGGAUGAGAGGAAACUCGACCCUGGAGAGCACCUGCAGUGCCAGAAGGAGAACCAGAAGCUCUCGGAGCAGCUGUCCCUGCUGAAGGAGGAGAACAAGGCCCUGUAUGAGGAGGGUGUUCGGCUCCUGAACCAGAAGGAUCUCUAUGUGAGGAAGUACAAUGAGCUGCAGCUCCGGCACAAGGACAAGAUCCGCAGGGCCAAGGAGACGUUCAUCCACGAGGUGAAGCAGAGGGACAGCAGGAUCAAACAGCUGGAGAACGAGCUCAGCGAGUCCAAGCUCCAAGUGGAGAAGGGGAAGGUGCUGAUCUCCCAGAUCACUGCUGAGAACGAGAAGCUGCUCCAGGAGAGGCGGCGGCUCCUCCAGAAGAUUUCGGAGCAGGAGGAGCCCCUCUGGAGCCCCCGCUCUGUGGUUGCCCCCCUGCCCAGCAGAGGGAAGCUCCUGGAGGAGGAGAACAAGCCGCAGCUCCCCGGCCACGCGCCUCCCUCCCAGCGCAUUGCCAGGAGCAGCCCCGCUCCCACCACGGAGGACUCGAAGACCCUUCACGUCUCCGAACGCCAACUCCAGAGUAAGGGGGUGCCACCUCCCCGUGCCAGCUUCCCGCCCCGGGAUCUCCCAGACCCCUUUGGUGCCAUGAAGGCCCCUCAGGACAUGAAGCCUGAGGGAGAGGCCGAAAGCCAGGACUCCUCCCUGGGCCUGUCCCCCUCCCAGCCCUCAGAGCUGGGCUACCUGAACGUGGCCUCCCCGGGGGACACCACGGCCUCCCCGCUGCAGGAGGAGAGCAGGAGCGUCGGCUCCGAGACCUUCUGAGCUGGGAAUGUCUGUGCAGAGUCACCUGGAUGCAGGACUGGGGCUCCUGAGCUGGGAAUUCUGUGCAGAGUCACCUGGAUGCAGGACUGGGACUCCUGAGCUGGGAAUGUCUGUGCAGAGUCACCUGGAUGCAGGACUGGGACUCCUGAGCUGGGAAUUCUGUGCAGAGUCACCUGGAUGCAGGACUGGGAUUCCUGAGCUGGGAAUGUCUGUGCAGAGUCACCUGGAUGCAGGACUGGGACUCCUGAGCUGGGAAUAUCUGUGCAGAGUCACCUGGAUGCAGGACUGGGACUCCUGAGCUGGGAAUUCUGUGCAGAGUCACCUGGAUGCAGGACUGGGAUUCCUGAGCUGGGAAUAUCUGUGCAGAGUCACCUGGAUGCAGGACUGGGACUCCUGAGCUGGGAAUUCUGUGCAGUGUUACCUGGAUGCAGGACUGGGACUCCUGAGCUGGGAAUUCUGUGCAGUGUCACCCUGGGGCUCCUGGGAAUGUUGUGCAGUGUCACCUGGAUGCAGGACUGGGGCUCCUGGUGCCGUGGGAUGACAGAGACUGCAAAGAGAAGAAUUGCCAAAUGGACUGACCUAGGGAUUUCUGGGAUAUUUUCCAGCUAAGUUAAUCCAGUGUUGGUUUUUUUUUCCACGUACCCCCUGUAAAUGUGUUUGUGUCAUCCCAGAGACACUGGAGGUUGGAAUGUGUAGAUAAACUCAUAAACGUGGAAGAGGGCUGGGGUGAAGUGUGUCUUCCCUCAACCCUAAUUCCUUGUUCAGGCCAAAUCUAUAAAUUUUAUAAAGAAAAGAAAUUAAUGUUCCUUGGUUCUUAAUUACAUCAUUCUCUUUCAUUACCCAGUAUUUUACUUCUAUUGGUUAUUGAUUUCUCAAUUUCUGUGUUAAUUAAAUCCACAUUUUUAGUAUCUUUUUUCCUAGAAGGGGCUUUCCAGCACGUGGACUGAAUUCUUUAUUAAUUCUUUUCCCUAUCUUCUGUUUUCUACAAAAUGUCCUUGGUUAGGGGGGAUAUUGGGAAAAAUUCCUCCCUGUGAGGAUGGGGAGGGGCUGGGAUGGAAUUCCCAGAGAAGCUGUGGCUGCCCCAUCCCUGGGAGUGUCCAAGGCCAGGUUGGAGCAACCUGGGUGUCCCAAAGGUGUCCCUGCUGUGGGUGGAACAAGCUGAGCCUUAAUGUCCCUUCCAACCCAAAGCAUUCCAUGAAUCCAUGAUUCUCUGCUCAGCUGGUGCCAACCAGCAACCCCAGGCCCUUUUCCACGAGUGUGGGAGAAUUACUGGGGGAAAAUGAGACUGAAGUUCCAUGUGCAUCCCAUGAGGGGUUGUAAUCCUAAGGAAGCUUCCAGGCUGGAAUGCUGUUGGCACGUAAGGGGUCUCUUCCACAACAGUUCCCCAGACAAAGCCUGGAACCUGGGAGCUCGAUGUGCUUGUUCCAAGGGAAACAGAAGAGCUUGGAAUGGUGUGGAGACACCUCAUCCAGGCUCUGCUGGAAUCACCACAGGCUUGGGAACGUGGAGCUGACGAACCAGGGAGCAACUGCCACCCCAGACAUUCCUGCUCCAGCCAAAGUGGCAGCUCCUCAGAGUGAAGAACUGGCCUUGUUGCUCCAGCCUGUCCUGAGCCCUGUGGAGCCUUCCCAACAUCCCAGAUCAACAUUCCCCCCAGCCUGGGCUCUGCUGUCAUUUUUUGCAGUAGUUUAAAAAAAACCCACUAUUUUUUCUCUUAUAAGACACAGAGCAGCACAAAGACACAGAGGAGAUUCUCCCCCUACUGCCAAAUCCUCCAAAAUCAUCACAAUAAAUAAAUAAAACCCUC